UGGCUUGAUCCUGCAGAUGCCAUUUAACACGAGAUGCAGAAGGUAAAUGAAGCUCUGUCUCAUGGUAACAUCUUGCCAGGAUGACAGCUUAGUUCUUCCUUCACCCAGAAAAUGUUGCUAUUUGCACUUCAAGACAUAUACACAGGUUUAUAUUUGAAGUGAUCUCCAAGAUACCUCACUAAAGGAUUAAGGAUUGUGUAGCAGAGCUGAUAGCAUUUUAGCAAUAUCACAGUUUUAAGCACUGUCAUAAGCAUGAAGGUUAUUAAAAGUGAUGUCUUUGCCUUAGGAAAAUUUCAGUAGUUUGGAAAAUAUUGUAUAUUCUUAAAUGUCCGGCAAUUCCAACCUUUAUGCUCUGUGUCUAAUAGUGGAUUUUUUACCCCCACGUUAGCUAACUGUACAAAAUCCUUAUGAUAUAUUUAGAAAGGAAAUGCAAUGCAUGUAAUGUGUAUAUUAAAAACAAACAAACAAACAAAAAAAAACCCCACACACCUUGUUUAGAAACCUUUUCCAAUGCUGUCUUUUUCAAUAUUUUUGAUUGUAAUGUUAUGUAUAUAUAAUGGUGGCCUCUUCUACUGUUCUGUUUAGCAUUUAGCUAGAAUAAAUAUGGUUUUUGGUCUGGAGUGUACACCAUAAAAUCAUAGAAUGGUUUGGGUUAGAAGGGACCCUUAAGACCAUCCAGAUCCAGCCCCUGUGAUGGGCUGGUUGCCCCCCACCAGCUCAGGCUGUGUAGGGCCCAUUCAACCUGGCCUUGAGCACCACCAGGGAUGGGGCACCACAGCUCUCUGGGCAGCAGUGCCAGGGCCUCACUGCCCUCAUAAUGAAUUUCUUGAAAACAUCUAACCUGAAUCUACCAUCUUUUAGUUUAAAACCAUUCCUCCUUGUCUAAUCACUCUUAGACUGUUCAAAGUCAGUCUCCAUUUUGUUACAAGCUCCCUUUAUAUACUGAAAGGCCUCAGUGAGGUCUGCUCAGAGCCUUCUCUACUCCAGGCUCAACAACCCUCAACCUUUCUUCUUAGGAGAGGUGCCCCAGCCCUCUGAUCAUCUUCAUGCAGUCCUUCUCGCAGUCUGUAUACUUGCUUGGGAUUGCUCUAGGAUGUAUGUAGGAUUCCCUAAGAUGUUUCCAAACUGAGUAUCUCAGAAGAAUUAAUUUUCCUGAAAGUAGAUGUGCUGGGACCACUGAGAGGCCUCAACUUCACCUGGAAACCAGAGUAUCAGAAGCACCAGCCUCCUGGCUUUUGGCUUGCUGCUCUGCCAUUCUUGCUCCCAGUCCUUUUGUGAGCACCACUUUUGCACUGCACUUUCAGUUCAGUAAAUCUCAUGAGCCCUCAAAAUUGUGGCCCUAUUUUGGGAACUUUUCAUCUCAGCCUAUAACUUUUUAGGUAUAAGCAGCCCUGCUCAAAUAGCUGAAUACUUGUAAAAAGGGGGGAAGACAAAGUCUGCAGUCUGUACUAUUCUAUCACUUUGCACAAGGAUUGCCUUCUAAAUCUCAUACGUUAAUAAGGUUGUUGAGAAUGUGAAUUUUAUCUCUCAGUUAUGUUUCUACCUCCAUUCUUGAAGCCCUCUAUUAACCUGGGGAUUAUACGUGCGGGUUUAAAUCAGUAGGAUAAUAACUGCAGGAAAUGACAUCCAGUUGUAUGUAUGCUGGGAGGGAAUCAAUUACAAGAAAUGGACUAAAAGGCCAAAUCAAAUACAUAACAUUUGGCAGUGAGAUGAUAAAAUAUAACCAAUGCAAUGCUUUUGUUUUCCACAGAAUGUAUCUAUUUUUUGUGUGCUACCCAAGGAAAGAAAUAGAAAUAGGGUGAUUGCAUCUUUCUGAUUGUUGGGGGCCUAUUUUUCAGCUGCGACAUUGAGAAGUUCAUUUUUUUUUCCUUUUUAAUUAAAGAGGCUGGUGAAGCAAAACUUAAUGUUAUCUCCCUUACCAUUUGGAUUGUAUAGAUUUGUAAUAGCAGCAUUAAAAUUGCUGUAAAUGGAAAAUGAAUGGGACUGACUGGGUGUGGAAACACCAGGAGGGACAGCGGGGGAUGAGCUGUAAGGAAGGCAAGUGCUGGCAGCACAUUAGUUGACAGUGCAUUUUGUUUCCAGCAUAUCUGCAUCAAGUCCUUCAGGAUACAUGGAACAGGUCACAGAGGGCAACAUAAAAGAGGUGAUGAUUGGGGAAAAAAAAAAGAAAAAGAAAAAAAAGACGUCAUACCUUCUUAUGUCACUGAGGUAAUGUUGAGAAGAAAAAGACAAACCUUUCUAAGCAGUAGCAUCCAGGCAAGAAGACUAGAUACUGUAAUAGGUAAAUCAUUGAAUCACAGAGAGGUUCUGAUUUGAAGGGUGCUUAAAGAUCAUGUAUCUCCAACACCCCUGCUGUGGGCUAGAAUACCUUCCAGUAGGCCAGGCUGCUCAGAGCCCUAUCCGAUCUGGCCUUGAACACUUCCAGGGGUGGACAUUCACAGUUUCUCUGGGCAACCUGUUCCAGUGCUUCACAGAGAUGGGUCAGAAUGGGAAGGCCAAAGUUCACAAAUGACCAUUUUCAGAUCCUAAAACAGUACGUCAUCUAAAACCAGCAGCUGAAAGCUAGCCUAAGAAGGAUGAGGAGAUUGUGAAGGUUGUGUUGCUGGCAGGCCUUUCCUUCAUAUUGCUUCAAGGAAGCCUGGCCAAAGCACAGGUAUGUGUAAGUAUAGGUAUACAGGCUAUCUGAACAUACAUCAUGACUCUUGUGAGAAGGCAGGUGUGAGAGUAUUGCUCUAUGUUCUAAAAUAAAAUCACUUUCCCCCUUAUACACCUUGCAUUGAGCUAUGCUCCACUGCUGCUACAGUGAAGCAAUGUUAAUUACUACAAAAUCUCUGGCUUAAGAGUUCAGCUGCAGGUCUCCAAGUACAGCCCCUUUCCUGAGUGUUAAUUUGAGUGGUGUUUUGAUCCUGUGAAUGAGCAGGAAUAACCUAACCCCCAGCUGCUCCUCCCCUGACGCAGCUCCAUGCCGUUCCCUCGGGCCCUGUCCAUGUCACACAGAGCAGAGCUCAGCGCUGCCCCUCCGCUCCCUGUGAGGAGUUGAAGCCGCCAUGGGGCCUCCCCUCAGCCUGCUCUGCUCUGGGCUGAAUGGUGACUCCUUUGGGAAAGAGACUCCUCCAGAUGGCUCCUUCAGGGACGACACACGAGUUGCCUCUUUUCUGGAGCUUGAGUCAGGGUGCUGGGAUGGAGAGGCCCCUGGAAGAAGCAGCAGAAGGAGACCAUUGCGUGUCUGAAAGCAGAGGUAGCAUUUUAGAGCAGAAACUUCAAUGUUACCUGGCUGGAGUACACCAGGUGAAGCUCUGCCUGUCUUGUAGAUACCACUCUGUUAAACCUUCCGUUAAGUAAAAUCGUUUGCUGCUCUUAUAAGAAACCCUUGCUCCAGGAAGGAAAUAGCUUAUCUCAGAGUUUGACAUUUGUGGCAAUGUUUUGCAGCUGGUAUCUGUGGGCAGUGCUAGGGCACUAUUUGGCCAACGCCACACAAAGAGAACAGAAAUGUUUAGUCAGAACAGGUUAUUCCUGUGUCCAUGUGGGGGAAGAGACAUUAGACUUGGAAACACAGUAUGUUUUUUAGUUGCAUUAAUGAAAAAUGAGGUUCUGAUUUUGGCUAAAAAUAACAGUAGGAAUGAGUUCUUGAGUUUUCACUAUGUUAUUAAUACAUAAAUAUAUUAAUAUUUAAGUCUUCUGUAUAUAUAAAGCACCUGUAACUGGAGAUGGCAUGGACACGCAGUCAGAUCUCAGCCUUAGCUCCUCACACAAGUGAAAUGCUGUGGCAAUACCUUUAUAAUAUGUUUGAAAAGUUGCUUUUUCUUUUAAAUUAACAAUAGUUGCUAACCUAUUUCUGUGCAAAAAUGUACAGAAUCAUUAUACUUUCUUGGGAAGAAAAUGGGGAACAAAGCUUGUUUUUUUUGUUCUUUUGUUUUUUUUUCCUAGAAAAACCAAUCCUCAUCACUGCAGGUAGAAAGCAAUUUCUUUCUUUCUUGACCUUUCUCAUAAAAGGAGCAAUAAUAAUGUUUGAGUUGUGCCUGUGAAUGGCAGUGUGAUGCGUCCCCAAAAGGUAAUAGGUGCACAGUUGAAUAUGUUUCUGCAGCUCUGCGUUAUGUAACAAGGAUAGAGGUGGCUGCUUAUUUAGAAAUUCUCUAAAUUGAGUCAUUACUCCUGUUGCAUUCCAUUUGUGUGUUAUUCUCUUACAUCUGAAGACUGGAGGUGAGUCUCUGAGAAGACACAGUAAACAUCAGUAAUGAUUGGGUACAACUAUGUCCAUCUGUGAUUCUACAUUUUGAAUAAUGGUAGAAAACUCUUCAAUAAGCUGAGGUGAAUUUCUGCUAAAGGUAAGUUGUCGCUGUAGAGAAGAAACCAGGAUGGACAGUUCAGGAAACUGUCUAUGAUUUUCAAGCACUUUAUUCUCAGGCAGAUAAAUGCUACUUACAGUAAGCUAAUCCUGACUCUCUGACCCAUGUUACUGAUGUUAGUGCACUCCUCAGGCUGCCAGUCUUAGUGAGUAGAGGGCAGGAUUUGUCCUCCCUGUUUGGGUAGAUGGAUGCCCAUGGGUAGGAGACCUUCUUAAGCAUUCCAGGUAGAUGUUGAAAAUUGCCCUCAGUACUGGCUGUUUAGCACAACUUCUGUGCUUUUCACAUGUGUUUUCAGAAUUAAGGGUUAUUUUUAUUUAUUAUUCUAAACUGUGAGGGUUGCUCCAAAAGUAAUACCUUCUAUUUUAUAUGUUGGCCCAUGACAUCAUAGGCAGAUGCUGGUGGUAAUGCAAUAUGGGUUGAACCUUUCCACCAAUAUUCUGUUAUGUUUUGUUGCUGUGUGACAGAUGGCAGCAGAUUGCAGUCUGACAAGUGGCGUCUGACGUGAAAGUGAGGAUGAAGCAAAGGUGUAUCACUGAAUCCCUCCAUGUGGAAAGAAAGGCAUCCACUGACAUUCACCAAUGUUUGCUGAAGUUUUUUGGAGACCUAACGGUGGGUGUGAGCACAGUGAGGCGAUGAGUGGUGCAUUUCAGCAGUGAUGACAGCAACUGUGGGUCACUUCCACUGGUGCAGAUUUUUAUGUGUGCAGCAUGCAGUUCUUGUUCAUCACUGACAAAGAAUGCACAGCUAAUGGUGGUGACUGUGUUGAAAACACAGUCAAGAAAAGGAAGCCGCUGGCACUGGUCAUUCCAGACUGCUGUAUGGUGCUCUAAGUCACCACAGAAAUGACCAGAGAAGCUACCCAUAAUCCCACAGAAACCAAACACUACAAAGAGAAAUGCUGAGCAGAAAUAGCAGAGAAAGGGGACUGGUGCAGACGUAACAGCUCAAUUCCUUACCAUCUCUACAUGUCAUUUACCUAAUGACAUUUUGCACAGAUAAACUGCCCAGCAUAAUGAAGGGUUUUAGAGACCCCACACAACUGCUCAUUUUCAUGAGCAGGAAUCUCCUGAUUAAUCAUCUUCCUGUGCCUACUUGAUUUCUUGCCUCUCCAGACAUAACAUGUAAUGGAACUGAAGAAUGAAUCUGACCUGAUUGCAAUACAAACUUCUGUUAACAAAUUCAUUGCACCAAUAAUCUGAUUAAUUCAGCGUAACAGUCAGCUCUUGAACUCCACAGGUAUCAAAUUUAUCUGACUACAAGGCACUGUGGACACUUAAUGUUCUCCAUGAAGUACUUCAGACCACACAGAAUCAGGCUCUCUGGACAUUCUUAUUUCAUGGCAAAUACUAUUAUGGAGUCCAUUCCAGUAUGGUAAAGCUCUGUUGGAGGCUUUGCUUUGCACACCAUCCCCUGUGAGACAGUUACAGUAGGAGACAAAUGAAGCAAAUAGGAUUGCAGCUGACAGUGCUGUAUGAAUAAAUUGCCUCUUCCUGUGAGUGUGGUUAAACACUGGAGCAAGUUACCCAGAGACUGGAAAGUCUCCAUCCCUGAAGAUACACAAAACCCAACUCUGCAUGGCCCUAAGCACCUUGCUAUCACUGACUUUGUUCUGAGGAUGGUAGUUGGACUCAAUAACCUCCAAAAGUACCUUUCCACCUCAGCAAUUCUGCGAUCUUGUAAUAUUUUAAUGAACAGCAAAUAUGACAUAUAAACUAUACCUUUGAUGAACCUUGUUUGAACAUGCAGUAUGGGGACUCAGUCCUCAAUGGAAAUUCUUUUCCAUUGUGUAUUCAUCUUUUCCAAUGUGUAUUCAUUUCAGAUCUAUCUUUAUACAUGUUCCUGCACACAAAGUCAGCAGUGCUAUGUGAGCACCAUAAGAGAAUGAUCAUCUCCAAUAAUCAGACUUAAAUCUAUGUGAAUCAGAUGGAAAUUUUGCUGAUGUGGCUCAGCUCAGUUCUAAAAGUUGAUGCUGUCCUGCUGAGGACACAGUAGACAAACUUUCUUCUUUAGAAAGAAAGCCCAUCUGUAGCACUGCAGCUGUCCUCUCUUCAUCACACAAUUAAUCACAAUUAAUUCACAGUAAUUGGAGAGAGUUGAAACUGCUGUACUGUCAGAUUUUUGUUGGUAGCUCCAAAGUAGCAAUUCUACAAAUAAUGUGACAGUUAAGUCUACAACCUCAUUGAGUGCUCUUACACUUUGCUUUUGAUUCUGAGGCACAGCAGUUUGUUUAGAACUGGCACAUUUAAGACUGAUUCUGUGCUUUCAUUGCCAUUUAACCUCAGGGAGAAGCCAUUUUUCUUUUCCCAGAGUAUUGCUGAUGCCUAUUAUUAGAUUUUAUCCAUGGUAGACAUUGUGCUCCCACUUGUUAUUGUUCUUUUUGAGUUACACUGUGUUCAUUAUUCCCAGGUGACUGAUCGAAUGUGUUUGGUGUAAAACACACUGCAACCCAUCUAAGAUUUUGCUGCAGGCUCUGAAGGGUAGACCUUAGCUUUCAUUUUAUUAGGUUGUGUGGAUUUGUGUGAGAAUAUAAAAAAAAAAACUUCACACAUUACAAAUUCUUCUUAGAGGGUAUUCAGGUAAUCCUUUUUGGUUCUUACCUUGGGAUCUGACUUUGUGGAAUUCCUAGUGCUAGAAACAGGUCCACUGCUCUUGGGUGCAAAUUUCCUCAACCAGACUCAUACCUGUCUAAGAAUUGUUAAAAGGAUUGUAACUGCUAGGGGGAAUGCUUUUAAGUGUUUUUUUUAUGGGGGAGGUGUUGUUCCUGAGAUAAAUCAGAGACUGCUAUAGACUCUUUGUGCCAGCCAGGCUCUUUUUUUUUUUUUUUUUUUUUUUGGUUGGACAGCUGGAGCGUAAUUCUCAUGAAGCAGCAUUUGGGUAUGCUCAUAUUAUUAUGCCAUGGAUAUAAUGCUUUCAGCUGUGGUGGAGACUGGACUUAAAAUGAGUGAGAAUAACUGAGUGCAAAAGAUAAAACAAUAAUUUGGCAUCUAAUCGUAGUGGCAAGCCAAAUGGUAUCUCCAUUGGUUGCAUAAACGUUUGUUUAGAUAUUCCCUGAGAGUUCUUCCCUGAUAAAAUGUAUUUUCUGCUAAGUUAAUUAUAAGUUAGGAAGAUCACAAUUUAAUCAAAGGAGAGCUCUAGCCAUGUUUGACAAGUCAAUAACCAUUCCACUAUGGGUAUGGUAUGUUUGAUAAGUCAACAGUAAUUUUAAUCAGGGUAACAACUGGAAUGGAAGAGAGGAAAAUGCAAACUAAUUAUACCCUUUUAGUCUAAAAAUAAAACUGGGGGAAUUGCACCAUUUUGAUAAAACAAUCUAUUUAUCUGUACAGGGUUAUUCUUGUCAUAAUUAGCCAUUCUUCUAAUGAAGUCAUUGAAUAUGUUGUGACUGAACUGAGGGAAACAAUAUAUUAAUAAAAGAUGAACUGUCUUCUGUGUAGCACCACUUAGCAUUUGAUCCAUACCCUAGGGUUAAUUGGGAUGUGAAAAACUGCCAGAAAUCUGUACAGAAUUGCAAUGUUUCAUACCAGUUUUUUUGUUGUAUUUUGUUGUUGGCAGUGGUUUUGUUUGUUUUUAAAGAACUCAAUAAGAUAAUAUUCUAAUAUAUGAAUUUUUACAUGUGCAUAUGUAUGUAAGUAUAUAAUAUAUAUAUACAUACAUAGGCAUGUAUAUGUAUGUCAUAUCUCAGACUCUUUCAAGGCAUUCAAAGCUACCAGGUGUAACUGUAAUAGCUGUGAUAUGAAAACAGCCAAUUAGAUGCUCAUUCUUUAAGUACAAAUAUUUGUAAUGAUAUAAUAAUAUAGUAAUAUUUUAAGUCAAUUUCCUCUGCCAAAAACUAUUGUCUUGUGGUUUUAAUAUUUCAGACAACAUUGUCAUUUUUAACAGGCCUGGUUCUUAGUCAGAAGUGAAGACUUUUUCUGUGGUAUAUGCUGCACAAAGAUAAGGAGUGAUAAACUCCAGGACGCAACCACAUUGUCCUUGACUCCUGCCGGUCUAAUCGCACCCUCAAUUUUAUCACUUCUUCCAGAGAAGAUCUCUACUAAUGUCAGGGAAAUAGUGAAAUAUUCCUGAUGAUUAUCACUGUAAAAUGAGUAGAGCUUUAUGCUAUUGCCAACAUAUAGACAACUAUUUCUUAAUUUGAUGGAAAUUCCUUGAGUAUUAUUAUUUACAAUGGAGCUGUACUGAGUUUGCACUCAGAUGUACAGAGCAUUGGUAUACUUUAUUAAUAUUAUUAAAGGUAUUAAAAUAGAGGUAGUAGAGUGUGGAGUGACACUGUUGUUGCAAAUAGAAUAGUAGUUAAGGAAUAUAAAAAUCAUAGAAUCAUAGAAUCGUUUGAGUUGGAAGGGACCCUCAAAAGUCAACUAGUCCUACCCCCCUGCAAUGAACAGGGACACCUACAGCUCAUUCCAGUGCUCAGAGCCCUACUCAGCCUGACCUUAAGUGUGUCCAGGGAUGGGGCGUCCCCACAACUGUGGGCGAAACAAAACAACGUAGUUAGAAUCGUAUUGUCAUGCAGGGUAUUUUCAAAUUAGAUAUUUAUAUUUAUUUACUAAAGGUUAAAAUGCAUUUGUUUACUAGAGGAAGCACAGGCAACCAAAAUAUAAUUGCUAAAGAAUAAAUUAAAUCAAUGAUAUGUUUAGCUGUUCUUAUUGCCUGAAGGUCAUUGAACCACCCAAAGUAAGGCCCAGAGUCACCAUCUGGUUCUCCCAGCUUGACCAGUUACUCUGUGUCAGCUGAGCUGUGGUAACUACCUGCCUGUGGGUGGCCAAUGCAAACUAAUAUGGUUUAUAUCAACUGCCCUCAAUAUGGUCCCAGUGAAGACAGAGUGCAAUAUAUAUAUUCCAGGCUGAGCACACUUCCCUGGGACAGCAAAUCACUGAGUUGUAACCUGGUUGUGCACCUGAAGGAAUCAGACAGUGUUGUCAGAUGAGUCUUGCAGUGAUCAUUUAAGGACAGUCAGCCUGAAUUGUCUGACUUGCUCAAUGGCAGUGCUUGUCAUUCCUUCAGCAGAGCUGUGUAAACAAGUAGUAGAUCCAUACCUCUCUGUCGUGCUGCCUUUAGAUGACAGUGAAGCCAAAACAGUAUGGACACACCAUUCAGGAGAUGGGAACAGUCCUGCAAAAACCCAUCUCAUCAGACUUCUGUAAAAGACAUCUACAAACUGGCACUGGCACAGCUGCCCAGAGAAGCUGUGAAUGCCCCAUCCCUGGGGAUGCUCAAGGUCAGGUUGGAUAGGGCCCUGGGAAGCCUGAUCUGGUAGAUGGCAUCCAGCCCAUGGCAGGGGUUUGAAACUAGGUAGGUUUUAAUGUCCCUGGAUACUUGAAUAGAUCUGGAUACUCAAUAUGUGCUUCUAAUUAACUGUGCAAAAAUCAUUUCUCCAAAGGCAGUGGAGCUUCCAACAUGCUCAGUCCACGUCUGAACAUCUCACUGAACACCUCACGCCCUACCGCCAUCCUCGAUGGUCACCUUGAUUCAGCCUAUGAGGAGCUCACUGUACCAGGGAUUCCUGGGGCAGAGCAUGCAAUCAGUUCGCAGGGAGCAGCCUCAGCGACAGGAAAGAUGCAGAAGCACAACCAGAAGGAGCACCUCUACAAGCUGCUGGUGAUCGGGGACCUGGGAGUGGGCAAAACUAGCAUCAUCAAGCGCUAUGUCCACCAGAACUUCUCCCCCCACUACCGGGCCACCAUUGGGGUGGACUUUGCCUUGAAGGUCCUCAGUUGGGAUGCUGAGACUGUGGUACGGCUGCAGCUCUGGGAUAUUGCGGGUCAGGAAAGAUUUGGAAACAUGACCAGGGUCUAUUACAGAGAGGCCAUGGGAGCAUUUAUUGUCUUUGAUGUUACAAGACCUGCAACAUUCGAAGCUGUGACAAAAUGGAAAGAAGAUUUGGACUCUAAGCUUGUUCUUCCAAAUGGCAAACCUGUACCGACAGUCCUCUUAGCAAACAAAUGUGACCAGGGAAUAGACGUUCUUAUGAACAAUGGCAUCAAGAUGGAUCAGUUCUGCAAGGAAAAUGGGUUUGUGGGCUGGUUUGAAACAUCAGCCAAGGAAAAUAUAAACAUCAAUGAAGCUUCCAGAUGCUUGGUGAAACACAUAAUUGCUACUGAGAGUGAUCCAGUUCAGCCUAUUGAAACAGAUAUUAUAAAACCACACUUGAAUUCUGGCAAGAUUGUCAGUUGUUCAGCUUGCUUUAAAUCCUAAGAGACUUCCAGAAUAUUGCAAGAGCUGAACAGCUAUAAUUCACAGUGUAUACUUCAUCCAAAGUACCCACCCUACUCAGAUUGUCCAUAGACAGAUUUCAGUUAUCUCAAAAAUCUACUUACAUUUUUCCAUAAUUUGUUAACAGCUAAAAUUUGUUGCAAACUUUUCAUUGUUAGCAACUAUUCAAAACUGCCAUUGAUUAUUAGUCAAAUAAGACCCAUGGUGAUGGCUGUGUUUUACUGGUUGGGUGUCACCGCCAGUGAUAUCAAAACCUAUUUCUCUGCAAUGUGGUUUCUGAAAGCUCAUUUUCAUGCUAUUUCUGCAGCAAUAACCUACUUAUUCCUUGGUUCUCCAGCCCAUGCUCUCAAUUCCCUGACCAGACGAUCAUCAUCAUUACACUGUUUUGCUUCCCAUUACACUUGAAUGAUCUCUUUUUGCAUGAGGGAGAAGAUGAUGAUAAUGAAGAUAUAGGUGUUCAGAGAGAGGCAACAAGAACGUGCAAUGUGAAAUAUUCCCAAGUUCAUUCUCCUGGAUGAGUUGGCAAGGCUGAACAUGCAGUGACCAUUCAUGUCAUUCAGUUCUUUAGAAGAUCUCAGCUUGUGAGACUGAAACUGCAGUAGUUCUUGCUGUCUCUCCCUGAAGACUUACAAUAUGUAAAGGGUGAUAAAACAGUGAAUCAAGGGUAGUCUCACAGGUGAUGGAGCUGACAGGUUUCAAAAGGUUAUCUGUUCCAGAAAUCCAGCAUCUCCUCUGAAAAAACUCAGUGAUUUUGUUCCUACCUCUCCAUCCCUCAUGACUUCUAUUCCACAAGUCCCUGAAUGCAUCCUCUCCAUUACGUUGAUUCUCAUAAGAAAUUUUUUCAUGAUGUAAUGAUUAAACUUUGCAGAAACACAUCUUUAUUGAAUAGUAGGGUACACUUUUUGAGAACAUUCUCAUGGAAAACAAAAUUCUGUGAAUCAUCAUAGAAAUCAAAACGAUCAUAGGAAGCAAAAUGGAACAUUCUUGAGGGUAAACACUCCUGGAAAAUUUGCAGGAUUUGUUGAGCUGUAUUCUGGAAAUGAAAUGACUGACUUUCAGAAUCUCAUGAUAUACUUGGACUCAUAUACUUGGACUCAUGCAGACAAGCGUCAGGACAAAAAGUCUUGACAUCUGGUUGCAGGUCCCUGCAAGACAGACUUUGCCUGUCUCCUGCCACAGACAAAUCACUUCCACUUUCUUGUUCCCAUUCAGUCUAUUCCCCCCUGAGCUGUGAACUGUCAGUGGCCAGACCUAUCUUCUGAAAUGAGUUUCUGUCCUUGGAGAUGUGUAAUACCAUGGAGGGGAGGAGGCAGAGUGUUGCACAGGUGUUUGCAGACAUUGCUGCAGUACUCCACAAUACUUCUUAGACACAAAGGAGUAAAGCUCCCAAAGGCUAGCAAAUAGGUGAUGGGUAGGAAAAACAAAACAUAAAAUCUCCAUUGUGAUCUUCUGCUGUGAAACCCCUGGAGUUCAAGUGUCACUACAGCUCAGUCUGUUACUGAAUGCUCUGUUACUAUAUAGGCACUGCAGAGGAGAGCCAAGGAUGGAGAUUUGGCCCUUUGUAUGGUCUGUUUACAGCCUUAAAUUGAUAAAUUUUUAUCAUGGAAUUUUCGAAUAAGAAAGCGAGCUCUGAUUUUAAAAAUAAAAAGCCACAUCCACGAUUCACCUGUAUGCACACACAUAGAUUUAAAAGCCCUAUAUAUAUGUAUGGACUGGCUUUUUUCAAGGAGAAUAACUUUCAGAUCUUGAUUUCAGUGUCACCUUUUAACACAGGCUCCUGCUACGACCUGGGUCAAACACUAUUCUGCCUCAGUUUCCUCAUCUGUAAAAUAGGGAUUGAUGUACACACCUACCUCACAGCAUUCCUUGAAAGUUACUGUUGGCACAGUGCCUUAAUAUGUUAUACAAAUGCCAAGAUGUAUUCUGGCUCAGAAUGAAUUAUGAGAGCCCUCUAGCAUAAAUACAUGGUGCUCUACUGCCCUAAUGUUUAAAUCUACCCAUGGCUUGUCUGUACUGCAACAAUUAGCUCCAAUUAUUCCACCUCAGUUAACCUGGUUGGGGUUGUAAAGCAGCGUGGUGCUGCAUGGGAUGAUUUGAUUAGCUGCAGAUGUGUUGCAAAUGGAAACUGGCUGCACGGAUGUCACGGUACUGGUUUAAUAAUCUCAGCAGUUAGGCUGCAAUUAAGAACUACUGCCAGGUCAGUUAUUUCAGAUUUAAAGCAUUAUUUAAGUCAAGUUGUAUGUAUGCCUUAGUGAGGUUAACACUUAAUUCAUACCUUCAGCUAGCACUGUGGGGAACACAAGCACCUAGACAUAUAGAUAGCUUCUAAAAGGCUUCACAAGCCGAAUCCCAUGCUUUACAUGUAAAUGUAGAUGCCUCAAGCAAAGGAAGUUGCUGUUUCUUUCCAAAAAAUUACUAUGUACUCAACUUCAGUUAUCUGAUCACUUAUCUUUAAUAGCUUUUAGGCAACAUUCAUGUUUAUGACAGAAAUGACUAAAAGUCUGGGAUAAUGGCAAUUAAAAAAAAUAAAUAAAACAUUUAGAGGACGUACAA